AUGCCCAUGACAAAAUACAGUAAGCUAGUAUCAGAAUGGUGGAAAAGGCUUUCUGCGGACGAAAAAGCGAAAUUGAAACGGCAAUACCAAAUUGAUCGUGAUCAAAAAUUAUUAAAAGAAGUCAAUGCAAUUGAGGUAGCCAAGACAGAAGAAAUCGAAUGUGAAAAUUCGAGACAUCAAAAUGAAGCCAAUAAUUUACCUAAAGGAAUGAUAAGUGAUUGUCAUUUCACAGUAAUACCUACGGAAAGUUUUGAAGAUAUCAAUGAUUUUAUUGAUUUUAUUCAACAAAUUUUACUUUAA